AUGCAAAUCACUCUCUUCCGUGGCUGGCUAGAUCCAGGAAAUUACGUAUGGUCCCCAUUUGUUACCAAAAUUGAAUUCCACUUCCGCCAAGCCAACGUGAAGUACAUCUUGGAUGGUGGCUCACCUCGAUCAGCACCAAAAGGGAAGAUACCAUAUAUCUCAGUACACGAUGAAGGGUCGUCUCCUUUUCUGAUUGCCGAUUCUGCACUCAUUAUAGCAGGGUUAGUGGAGUCAGAUAUUCUACCCGAUCUCAAUUCAUCAUUGGAGCCGGCAGCAAAAGCUCAAGAUAUGGCGAUUCGUGCUCUUCUUGAGGAUAAGCUAUAUUUCUAUGGAAUCCGAGAGCGUUGGAUGGACAAUUAUUAUACUCAGAGAGAUAAAGUUCUAGGAUCUGUCCCUUAUCCCAUGCGUGUUCUAGUCGGGAUUCUUGCUUAUCGUCAGAUGAAAGCUACAUUGUAUGGCCAAGGAACUGGACGAUUCACUUCUGAAGAGAUAAUGGUAUUCCGAAAGGAGAUAUGGCAAAGUCUUGAUGGACUUCUAGAGACUUCAAGAAAACCCACAUUAGAUGUCGCUCCUGCAAAAAAGGAUCCAUUUUGGUGUCUCGGUGGUGAACAACCAACCGAAGCCGAUGCAAGUCUCUUUGGCUUCAUUAUAUCAAUACUCGUAAGCACUAGUGUCCCGGUCUCUAGAGAACUCGUACGAUCUCUUCCUGCCGUCAUGGAUUAUGUCGAAAGAAUACAUUAUCGAUACUUUCCUGACUACGAGAAAUGGAUUGACGAGUAA